AAAUGGCCGCCAUGUUGCUGCCGUCUGAAAGAUGUUCGCAACUGUGUGUGUUUACUAAUGAAUUUUAAGACUAUAAAUAGUUAAAUUACUGUGUUUGUGAAAUUGUGAGUGUACAAUGGUUUUAUAUUUCUUAUAUUGCUGUGUUUGAAAAGUCAAUCAGAUGUCUCUGAAGCCAAUAAACAGUGAAAUUUUCUUUAGAUAGUCACUCGAUUCGGACGGCAUAAUGGCUGACAAUCUGAUUCAAAAGUCACAUAAAACUAGUGAGAAAAACAAGUAUAACAACGUUGUUCAUCGUACGACGAGCGAAUCUCUUCGGCUGAACGAGUCAGAGAAGGGAAUGACUCACCCAACAACUCUUCAAGCCGCCCAUAACCCAAGGAAAAUAUCUUCGUUUCAGAUCACCAGUGUGACGGUUGGUUCUCGAGUGAGCACUGAUGCUGGAGAGGACUCAGCCGACGAUCUUGAUGAAUCUCACACCGACGACAUCUCUCGCGUGACUGAUAUCGAGAAUGAGACCCCCAGUUAUUCUGAAGACACCUUCUCGAAGGACGAUGUGUUUUAUAACGCGUCGAGUGCAUCACUAGGUUGUGCCCCUGUUAUCCCGACUAGCUCCCAGUACGGACUAGCUAUCGUCGGUCAGGACAACAACACCAACCAAAUAGGAGGAGCAGUGCCAAAUAGUAAUAAUUCAGAAGUAAGUGACAUGCAUGUUAGUGUCACGAAUGCCGGAACGGGCAGCAUCAUUAAUCUCAUAGGAAAUGCGAAACCCCAGGAAGGUAUGAAAGAGAUACAAGAACAUGUUAGGAAUGAACGGUUUAAAGUUGUGAAAAUAGAGAGCACAGAACCUUUCCGAAGGGGUCGGUGGAUGUGUAUGGACUACCUAGAUCAUACAACUACUCCGCAAAAUGCACCUAUUACUUUGAAUAAUAACUUGGACAUCACAGAUCCUAACUUGCAAGCUCCUGAUAGUGGUGUUGUAAUAAAUGAUUGCCAGCAUGAUGAGAUGUCAAACGAUUUGACAAACAAAGGGCCUAUGGAUCUACAGGGUAAUCCCCCCGUGCAGCAGUUGGAACAGACUAUACAGAAACAGUUCCCUAUGGCUUCCCCUGGGCAGUCGUUGACCCAGCCGCUAAAUGUAGUGCAACAGCAAAUGCCUGUAGCUCAGUCAGUGUCUGUACAGUCACCUCCGUUAGAAAUGCCACAGCAGAUGCCAAACCAAAACAUGCCGCAAGCGCAGCAAGUGGGCCAGCAACAUCCACAGAGUAUGACUCACAUCACAAUGCAGAACGCACCACAGACUCACCCACAAGCUCCGCAACAGCAGCAAGUGCAACAAAUCCCUCAGAGCUUCCCUCAACAUCAACUACAGCAAGUGAUCGCCCAGUCCCAGGGUAUACCCAUGCAACAAAUACCAAUGCAUCAGCAAAUGCCGCAACAGAUGCAACAGAUACCUAAUCAACAAAUGCAACAGAUGAAUCAGCAUAUUCCUCAGCCUCAGAUGACUAAUAUGCAGAUGCAGCAACAGUUGCCGCAAAUGCAGGCUAUGCAAAACCAAGGACAAAUGUCGCAAGUGGCUAGUCAACAACCCCAGAUGACGCAAAUGCAAUUGCAGCAGAUGCAAGGCCAACCGAACCCGCAACAGAUUCAUAUGCAACAAGCGCAGAUCCCUAAUAUGGGUCAGGGACAUCACUUGCAGGGACAGCAGUCUAUGGGAGCACAGCAGCAACUGCAACAAAUACAGGCAUUGCAAAAUCAACAGAUACCAAAUCACAUACAGCAAAUGCAAAUGCCUACUCAGCAGCAAAUUCCACAGAUGCAAACUCAGAUGCAUCAAAUACCAACUCAGCCGCAGCAGUCUGUUGUACCAGGAAUGCAUCCUCAAAUGUCCCAGCAGGGCAUGUCGGCUGUGCAGCCUCAAUAUAACCAAGCUGUUAACCAGCAAUCUAAUCCGCAGACGAUGAUAAGUGCUACUUUACCAUCAUCUCAGCAACCAAUGGUUCAAACACAGCACAAUGUUCCACAGUUCCACACACAACAGCCUCAGAUGAGUCAGCAGGGCCAAACAUUACCCCAGGAGGUGCUCACAAGUAUUGUUACAUCUCAGCAGGGUGCAACUCUGCCUAGUAACCUCCAGCCGAUGGCCUCUCAACCGCAGGGCUCUACAUUGCCAGCGAAUCUCCAAAGCCUUAACCAGCAGCAAGCUCCUGUUCAUACGAUGGCACCGCAGCAAGGCACAGUACCGCAAGGGAACAUACAAAUGAUGACCACAGCCCCGCAGAAUAUGCAGAUGACUCUAGACGGGAAUCAGCCUAGUAUGCAGAUACCCGCCUCAGAUCCUAUAUUCAUGCAGCCGGCGAAUGUGGGUCAGCAGAUGCCUGUUGGGCAGCAUAUGGCGCAGCAGAAUAUGUUACCGCAGCAAGUUAGUGGACAAGGGCAGAUACAGUAUGUGCCGAGCCAGGCGGUGCCGCAGGUGUCGAUGGCUCACCAGAACAUUCCCAUGUCGAUGCAGCAGAAUAUGCCAGUCGGGAUGGGCGGCGGGGUUCACGCCAACGUGGUGCAAUCUCAGACGAGUAUGGGGCUGGGUUACGGCGGCGUGGUGCCGGUGAUGUCUCAGAGUAGUGUCGCGCCAGUGGAAGCGACUGUCUCGGGGACUAACUCUCCGGUGGUGUCGUUGCCGGUUAGCUCGACGGCGUACGCUAACACGGCCCAACCUGGACAUGACAAUCAGGGCUUCGGUAGCCCAGUGAGUGCAGUGGUGUCGCAUGCGAUCAGUGGCGCCGUAAUGAGCAAUGUGAAUGUGAGUGCGUGUGAUAGUGUUGCCGCUGAUGUGCCUGCAGACGGAUUGCAGGCCGGAGACACUGGAGACGGGAAGGAUGAGCCGCAGACCGUCCCACCUCCGGAGGAUGAAAGCAUCAGCGGGCUGGCGAUGGCGCUGGGGGGCAGCGGCGCCGGCAGCCCCGGGGCCGCAGCGGAGCCCCGCGAGCCAACGGCGGCGUCGUCACGCGCUCCCUCGCCGCCGCCCAACCAUCAGCAACACUCCAGCGCAUCGGGCACCAGCGCGGUGGCCAUCGACAACAAGAUCGAGCAAGCUAUGGAUCUGGUUAAGAGCCACCUGAUGUUCGCGGUGCGCGAGGAGGUGGAAGUACUCAAGGAACGCAUCGCCGAACUGAUGGAGAGGAUCAACCAGCUCGAAGUGGAGAACACGUACCUGCGGGCCCACGCCAGCCAGGACACGCUGGCGCAGCUGCCGGCCGCCGGCACGAAGCCACCGCCGCAGCCGCAGGGCCCGCCGCCGCCGGUGUCGUAGGCCGCCGGCGCGCGCCCGCCGAACACGCCCGCCGGCACCGCCGGCCCCAGACCUCAACGCCUCCCCUCGGCGCGCGACCCCGCACGCAGGACCGGGGAGUCACUAUGGCUGUGUUAUGUUAAUUCGUAGGUUAACAAGGAGUGUGGACACGCCGGUCGAGCGCCGAGGGCCGCCGCGCGGCAUCGCCCGGGCGCCCCCGAGGGCCCGCGAGCGAUCGCCUCACAUUAUUAUGCUUUCAUUCAUAGAAGUAUAUUUUUUCUGUUAGUAAUGUUUAGGGUGCAGAAUUUUGUGCUAACUGCCAUGCUUUUGCUACGCAUCUCAGCAACGAGUCUUUAGUGUUUCUAUGUGCGUCUAUACUUUUAUUCGGUUAAUGUUAGGUAUCGCUAUCCACGUAAUGUAUUCCAUUUAAGAUAACUGUAAGACGUGUGUUUAUAUUGAAUGUAACGGAAUAGUUGAUAUUUCUGCGCAUUGAACAAUGACUGUGUGUUAAUUUAUUUUCUAUAUUUUUAUAUAUGUAAUUUAAGUUAUUUAUCGAUUUCACUACUGUGUUACAAUAAAUUGAAAGUGUUCCGGGAGGGACGAGACUAUGUAAUGAUCUGUCGUUACUGAACGUGUUGUGUGCAGUUUUCGUUUAGUUGAUACUUUAAUUAUACGUUACAAUUUAAUAUAGAUGUCUGAAUGUAUGUUAUCUGCAGUCGAUGUUAACGUUUGCCGCGAGUGGAGUCAAGUCGAGUAGAGUAGAUCGUUGCGAGAAUGUGACCUCGUGCGUCGCUGGCUUUAGUCAAUUUUGCACGCUGAAACCGAAAAAAAAACUAUUUUUAUUCCAACCCUAUAUCGAUAUUAGUGGUAAUAGCGAUUUAACAUUGUAUUUUUUUAAUAAUUAAAUUGUUUGUAUAUAGUACAAGUUGUAAUAGAAUUGUGAGUCGGAAUGAUGUACAUAAUGAAAGAAUGUGAUGAAGGCAACCGAUUCCUUAGUCUCCCCUCUGGAUCGAAUCCGCAUAGUGAGGGAUAUAUCUAAAAUGUAUAAGUUAAAUAUUCGCUGUAUUUAAAAUAAACUAGGUCCAUUGUUUAACCAUUGAAGAGCUGAACAAAGAGUCUGGCGACCAGGAUUAGGAAUGAGUUUGAGAAGCUCGCAGCAAGAAGGAAGGUCCCAGCCGGAGUGUGACUAUUUUACUAUUAGAGUAGUAUUUUGUACAACGCUACUAUGUGUAUAGAUGAUUUUGUUAGGUCUUCGUAAUUAUUGUGAAUAUACAGUAAUUUACCCCUACAAGCAUUACCCUAGACAUAGAUAUGAAUUAUAUUAUAUGAUACUGAAAUUUGUAAAUAUACUGUAAACAGAGAAUGUCCAUUGUAGCUUAUGUUGACCAGAAAGGUUCCUCAUACCCAAUAAAUGCAAAAACUACUCAAA